AUGGCGGUGGCGGUGGUGCAGCCGCGGCCGGGCCUCGCUCUGGACCCGGGGCUGGGGCCCAUCCUGCGGGAGGCAGUGAGGGCUCUGGGCCGGGCCGGGGCCGCGGAGGAGCUGGCAGCGGCUCUGGACGCGGUGCCCGCUGCUCUGGCGGCGGCAGGCGGUCCAGCAGCUCUCGGGGAGCGGGAGCGGGCGCUGUUCGACGCCUUCCUGCGCAGCCUGGCCCGGGCGCCUGGCGCGGCGCGGCCCGAGGGCGUGUGGCAGCGCUGUUUCCUGGAGGGCCCGCCCAGCCUUGUUCUCUGCGUCUUGCUGGAGGCCCUUGGCUCCGCGGGCUCUGGCCUUGACGCGAGGGAGGUAGUUGAGGUCCUGGAGCAGUUCCUGCAGAAGGGCCGGUUGUCAGCGUUACUGUGGGAGGUCUGUCAGCAUCAGGCGCAGGCGGGCUGCCUGGAGCUGCAGGACGCCCUGCUCAACAAGAUUGUGAGUUUGCCCGAGCAUGUGAGCAAUAAACUCCAGGGGAAAAACCCACCAGUGUUCUUCCCACAGAACUACUUCCCUCUCCUGGGUGAUGCAGUUCUCCAGGUGCUAGAGAAGAUCUCUGAUUCUCUGCGAGGUGGCUUGGACUGCUCCAUCUCUUUUGUUUCUCAUGUCCUGGGGAAGGUGUGCAUUCAUGGAAGGCAAAAGGAAAUUCUGGGAGUUUUGGUGCCCCGCCUGACAGACCUCACCAAGUCAGACUGUAUCUGGCAGAGGAUAUGCUGGCGGUUGGUGGAAUGUGUGCCAGACCGCUGGAUGGAAGCAGUGGUCCUUGGUUUUGUGCAGAGAGCACCCGGGGCAGAUGUCUUGUCCAGAUUGCUGGGGAGCCUGGUUGUGAAGAACAAGAAGGCUCAGUUUGUGGUGACACAGAAGAUGCUGCUCUUGCAGUAUGGCCAUACGACAGCAAUGCUGCAGAACCUCCUUGGCUACCUGUCCCUGGACAGCCUCCGGCGCACCUUGUUGUUCAGAGUGCUGCAGGAGCUAUUGGAGACCUGGAGCAGCAGCAGUGCUGUGAAACACUCCCCAGCUGAGCAGCAGCUGUACAUUAGCAAGGCCAUCCUCAUCUGCCUCUCCCACCUGAAGGAGCCUGAAAUUGAGAGCUGCAGACAAGAGCUUCUGACAAGCAUGAUGGAGGGUGUGCAGUGCCACUUGGACAGCAGUCUGCCACAACUACGGCGUCUGGGCAUGGUGGUGGCAGAGGCCAUCAGCUUGAAAAUAAACACUGAGGGGCCUGUUCUGAAGUUUGAGUAUGAAGAAGACGAUGAAACAAGAGAAUUGAAGUCACUUCUGGUGCAGACUCCAUCAUUCUGUGUUGUCCCCAGUCUUCCCGAUGAUGACAGGAAUGAGAAAACAGGUGCUGCAGUGCCAUUGGUACCAGAGAGUAAUGAGAAAUCUCAUACAGCAGCCCCUGUGAUGCCAGAUGAAGAGUCAGAUGCUGAGCUUGACAGUGAUGAUGACGACCUCAUCCCUUAUGACAUGUCUGAGGAUAAAGAGCUAAAAAUUAAGGCUCCUGUGUAUAUCCGAGACUGUAUUGAGGUUCUGACUGGAUCAAGAUCUGAAGAUGUGAACAAAUGGGAAGCUACAGUCAAGGCCCUUGAGAGCUUGGUACGGAAGAAUCCAGCAGCAGCAAGAGAGGUUAGUGUGGAGCUGGCAAAAAUAUUAUUGCAUCUGGAGGAGAAGACCUGCAUUGAAGGCUUUGAGGAGCUCCGUCAAAGAGCUCAAGUAGCUGUUUUAACCACAGACCCAAUACCUGUUGCAAAGUACUUGACCUCCCAGUUCUACUCUCUGAACUACAGUCUCCGUCAGCGUAUGGACAUCCUUGAUGUAUUGGUUUUGGCAGCUCAGGAAUUGUCCUGUCCCAAAUUUCAUGGGAAGACCAAGCAUUCUGGUGCCCAAAAGCCUUGUAUCCAGCUCCUUCCAGGAAGUGACAGCUCUAAGGACUGGAGAAGAAUUGUUGAUGAGAGGAUCAAAAGCAAGACUCGGAGAUUUACUACGGGUCAGUCUUGUGUGGAACUGGCUUCCUGCCCAAAUGAGUUCAAUUCUGUUGCUGGAUAUUUCUUUUUCCCAUUGAUUCAGCACUUUGACAGGCCUUUAACAACAUUUGAUCUUCUGGGGGAAGAUCACUUAGUCCUUGGAAGACUGGUCCACACUUUAGCAGUCCUGAUGUACUUGGCUGUCAACACUGUGGCAGUGACAGCAAUGGGAAAGGCACUGCUGGAGUUUGUUUGGGCACUACGUUUCCACACGGACUCGUACGUGCGCCAGGGCCUUUUGUCCUGUAUCUCCUCCCUUCUCCUCAGUGUCCCUAUGGAGCAGAUUCUGGCAGACAUGACAGAGGAGCUGUUGGAGACUCAGUCCUGGCUGGGAGAUGUGAUGGAGAAAGACCCUGAUGGGGACUGCAGAAGGCUGGCUCUACAGAACUUGCUGCUAAUGGAGAACCUGAAAAAGAAACUUGAAGCUGUUCCUUCCUAGUU